AUGAGCCGCAGCGGAUGCGGCCUGCGGCGACAUGCACGACGCUUUGCGAAGGUCGCCAACGAGGCUGCGCAGAGCAGCUUUCGGGCCUACUGGCCCGACAAAUCGGCUGUGGUGCUGUCGGGCUAUGGGCGGCUCAUUAAGGAGAAGGCUCACCGCAGCCAGUGGUUGGAUGCCCUGGCGCUCUUCCACGGACUGCGCUCGACGGAGACGGGUCGAAUGGAGAUGUCGACCGAGGUGGUGCAGCAGGUCAUGGCUGCCUGUGCCAAGGCGCGGAAGUGGCAGAUGGCCCUGCAGCUCUUUGAGCAGCUGCCAUCGUGGAAGGUGGUCCCCAACACAGUGACCUACAACACGAUCAGCAACGCUUUGUUGAAAGCUGGGCAUUGGCAAGCCUCCCUUGCCUUGCUACACGAGGCCUUUCGCAGCCACUUCGCACCUACGGUGGUGACCUUCAACAGCGCCAUCGCUGCAUGUCAUCGAGGCAGCCAGUGGCCUUUGGCCGUCUCAUUGCUUCAACGGCUGUUGGAGAAGCAGCUCCGGCCAACAGCGAUCACCUGCACCGGCGUCAUGGGCGCCUGCGCCAAAGGGACCCAGUGGUUGGAGGCCAUCAGCAUCCUGGCCAAGAUGAUCCGACAAGUCGAUGAGUACCCGAUGCCGGAUUUGACUGCCUACAACGCCGCCAUCUCGGCCUGCAGCCAAUCGGUGGAUGCCUGGGAGUUUGCUCUAGCGCUCGCCGCCUCGCUGCCGUUGCAGCCUGACGUGUUUACCUUAAGCGCUUGUUUGACUGCCUGCCAGCGGUCUACUCAAUGGAUCUUGGCCCUGCAGAAGCUCCGACAUUUCCAGCGCAUGGCCAUCGAGCCGGACCAAGUGGCCUAUGGUAGCGCCAUCGCCAGCUGUGCGGAAGGCCCAGGAUGGCCCUAUGCCCUACACUUGGCAGAUGCCAUGAUCCAGGCGAAGUUCAACACAAACAACAUCGUUUGCAGCGUCUACAUAUCCACUGCUAUGAGGCGUUGA